GCAUGUAGCAAUGUGCUUGAAAUUUGCUACAAUGAAAGUCUGAAAUUUCAUGCACACCCUCUUUCUUCCAGUGCCUUUAUUUGCUUGAAGUCAUGGGUCAGCUGUUCUCUUUAUUUAAGAGUGCAUACGAAUAUUUGGACUCCAGCUUUAGAGAACGUUUCAAUAAAUAUGAGCCGGAAGACAUAAUCAUUCCACAGAAAAUCAUCAAUUCGGUUGAAUUAAGGAUGAGAAAAGGGAACAUUCAGGAGGCAAACUCUACAAUCAAAGAUGCAUUAAAAGAAAUGGAUAAGACCCUGCUCAAUGUUGCUGUCACCGGGGAUACUGGGUCAGGGAAGUCCACCUUCAUCAAUGCCCUGAGAGGCAUUGGGGAUGAAGAGAGAGGUGCUGCUAAAACUGGGGUGGUAGAGACAACCAUGGAGAUUUCUAAAUACACACACCCCAAUAUCCCAAAUGUGGUGUUUUGGGACCUGCCUGGGAUUGGAUCCUCAAAUUUCCCACCAAAAACUUAUCUGGAGAAAGUGAAGUUCCAUGAGUAUGACUUCUUCAUCAUUGUUUCAGCCACACGCUUUAGGCAAAAUGAUAUAGACCUCGCCAUAGAAAUCAGCAUGAUGAAGAAGGAAUUCUACUUCGUGAGAACCAAGGUGGACUCUGACUUAAGAAAUGAAGAGGAA